AGUAGUAAAAAAAUGUCUGAAGAUGGAGAAAUAUCACUUUCACCCAAUUCGGCGGCACUUAUGGAUGGAUUAGAUGACUUUAUAAUCGAUAAAAAUUGCUCGGGAAUCAUUCCGAAUGAGGAUUUGGAGAGGGAAACACCAUCAGCUGAUGAUGAUGCGGAAGUUAAAACUAGUAGUAAUUGGGCGAAAAAUAUGCGGAAAAGAAUGUUUGGGGAACAGUGCGACGAGCCCGAAGAAUCGGAAAAAAAGCGUCGCCGUACAAAUUGUUGCUUCAACUGCCGCGGCGGCGAUCACUCUAUAGCUCAAUGCCCGGAGCCCAAGAAUUUCGCGGAAAUCCGGAAGAACAAGCUCGAAUUCAUGAAUGACAAGCAGCAGCAGCACCAACCAACUGGACGGAUUUCUCAGGUCACCGAGCAGCAGCAGGAAGCCAAGUUUAAGCCGGGAAGACUGAGCCAGAAUCUACGAAAAGCGCUGAGCCUUGGACCGGAUGAUAUUCCAGAAUGGGUUUAUAGGAUGAGAAGAUUGGGAUUCUAUCGGGGAUACCCACCGGGUUAUUUGAGAAAAUCGUUGAAACGGGAAUUUGCGACGUUGAAAAUCUACUCGGAAGAUCAUAAUCAGGAGGAGGUGGAUAAUGAUGAUGAUGAAGAAGCCCGUCCGGCACCGACAAUUCAGUCGGAAAAAGUGCAUUUCUAUAUGGGAUUCAAUAAAACGUAUGGAGCACUGAGAGAUCGUGAACGGGGACGAUUUGAAGUACCGCCGUUUGAUAUUUUUUGUGAAAUGUUGCAGACGGAAGUUGCCAGAGAUCACGAGGGCACCGAGAAAAUCCGAAUUCGUGAGGAACGUCACCAGCGAUCCGAACUUCGGAAGAUCCGAGAACAGCAGAAAGAGGAGGAGGAGCAACAACAACGAGAUAGUGCAGAGAAGGUGGAGAAGGAGGUUACUGUAGAUCAAACCAUAUCGGAGGUGGCAGCGGCGGCGGCGGCAGUCGAGGAGAAGCCUGGGACCCCGGAGCCCGUUGGGAGAAUGGGAGAAUCAAUUUCGGAAUUCAUCGGCACCCCGAUCUUCUCCCGCCGUGACGUCACGGGUACGUGGAUUGAGGAUACUGUACCAUCGCUCGAAGCGUUUUCCGUCGGCAUUGUGCCAUUCGAGGCGAAAGAGGAGGAGAAGCCACGUGGCAUUUUCAAAAAAAUUAUGAGUACUUUGAAAGGGAUCACUGGAAGAAAUAGUGGAGAUGAUGAGAUGAAGAAGAAGGAAUAAUUUAUUGAUUUUUUUUUUUUUUUUGGAUUUUCGACUUUAAAAUUAGCCUAAAUUUAUCCUAAAAUUAUCCUAAAAAUUAAAAUUUCACAUGGUUGACAAAUUUGCAGUGGAGCGCAUUUGCAGAAUUUUUUUUUUGAAUUUUUUUUUCAUAAAAAGCGUAACAUUUUCCAAAUUAAUGGGAUUUUUAAAGGAAAAAAUUAUCCCAAAAAUUUUAAUUUUCUAAUUGAAAAAAGUGUUAUUAGCCCAAUUUUUAAAGGUUUUUUUUGCAAUUUUCAUCAGAAAAAGCGUUAAAAAUAUCAAUUUUUCGUGAAAAGUUGAUGAAUUCUCUCAAAAACUCGGCAAAAAGUACCGCCAAAAAUUCAAAUUCUCCAAUUUUUCAUCUCUACCAGCAAAUUCGCGAUGGAGCGCAUUUGCAGAGUUUUUUCAGAAAAAUCGUAAAAUUUUCCGAAUUAACGAGUUUUUUUUUAAGUAAAAGUGAUCCCAAAAAUUCAAAAUUUUCCGAUUUUUGAAAUUUUUUUGGUGCAAAAAAACUAAUUUUCAAAUUAAAAAAAAGUGAUUUGUCUAAAAUAAAAAGCGUUUAAAAAAACCUUUUAAAAAUUUUUUUUCCCAAAAUUCACGUGGUGCCAGGGGCUGUCCCAUCGACGGUUUGAUCUACAAAAAAUGCGGGAGUUUUUCGCCCAAAAAUGUUGUGACGUCAGCGCUUUCUUAACCAUGCGAAAUCAGUCCCCGCGCAUUUUUUGUAGAUCAAAGUAGAUCAAAUCGAAAUGAGGCAUUCUGACACCACGUGAAAAUUUCAAAUUCUCCAAUUUUUCAUCUCUACCAUCAAAUUUGCGAUGAAGCGCAUUUGCAAGGCCUUUUUUUAAAUUUUUUAAAAACUCCUUAAAGUUAAAAAAAAUCAUUUAGCUUUAGAAAGCCCAAAAAUUAAAAAAAAAUUUUUUUUUAAUCGAAUAUCAAAAAUGCAUUUGUGCUCCACCGCACGGCGGUAAUUUCGAAAUUUCUUUAAAAUUUUUUUUAUAAAUUUCUGUAUUUCACAACUGUAUUUUUUCCCGAAUUUUCCUCGCCUAAUAACACUAUUUGUCAUGAUUCUUACGUCAUUGUCGCCGCCGUUUCUCUUUUUCUCUCGCCACUCUCUCAUUUCCAUACACUAUUUCCACUCUCAUUUUUAUCAUCAUUUUCUUCAGUUUUUGCUGCUUUUAAAGCCUAUGUUUUCCCUUUUUAUAUAAUAUCGCAGAAUUUUGUUUUUGUAAAUUUAAUAUAUAUAUAUAUAUAUUAUUUAUUUGAUGAUAAUGUGAUUUCUAAUUUUUUUUUCCCCAAUUUUUUUCAAAUUCAAAUUGUCUCUACGCUUUUCUUAUACUUCAUUGCCUUUUUUUUUCAACAAAAAUUUGAGAAAAAACACCAAAAAAUUUCAGAAAAA